AUGCUACGAAGCACCAUAAGCUCACUGGGAGCUCGAGGAGCCUCUCAGAUGAUGCGACCAAUGCUGCGAACCUCCCCUCUCACGACCACGAUACCCAUUCGUUCCCUCGCACAAAGAACCAUCACCUCUCGCCCAGUCACCCCACCUAAAUCGAAUCCGGGGACUGGGUUCAUAUUCUCCUCCUCCAGUCGAGCAAACCCACUAAGUGGGCAGGCGAUACUACAGCGCUUACGAUCCUCCAUAAGAUCCCUACAUAGUUCUCGAAGGGGGAGAAAUAGCAAGCCAACCGAAUCAAAUUUGAGCUCGAAGGCUACCCCCGAACCGGAGCCAACGAGUCUGGGUGGACGGCUGAGGAAACUUUCGAGGGAAUAUGGGUGGUCUGCUGUAGGGGUAUAUUUUGCGCUGAGUGCGGCGGAUUUCCCGUUCUGUUAUAUGUUAGUGUUGUACGUGGGGACUGAUAGAAUUGGUGAGUGGCUAUUUCAGUUUAUGUUGGAAAUUUGCGAGCCGGUUUUGGAUCCUGGAUAGCUGGCCAAGAGAAAAAGAUGAGUGCAAUUGGAGCAAGUCGCCUGGAAGAAGGGUUCUCAGCGGAAAUCUCGCAUUCCCAAAGGGUGUACGAAGGAUCUCUUUUUGGAUGCACAAAUACUGGGUAUGUGUGAACUAAGAGCGGCGGAGAAGGGGACUGCUGCUUCAACUUUCUGGACACUAGAGCGACUUGAUAAAUGUUUGCUAAUGCAAGCUGGUCAUCUCUUGUGACUUUGUGAUCAAAGAAACAAACUUGGGAUACAGCCAUUUAGACCUUGCGUGCGAAUGGCCUGGAACUGAAAAUAUCAUGAAUCUAUGAUUUCCAGGCACUCACUAACACAUUAUUUCCAGGAGAAUGGGAACAUGCUUUCCUCUCAACUGUAAAACGGCUGAUACCAGAAUCUGUCAAACAAGCAUGGCAUGAGUGGCGGGCGGGGAUGAAGAACGCCGAGGCCGAAAUCUCAGGAGCUUCCAAAGUCGACCAGACUGUUGCAAUGGCAAGUUGGGGCGUUGAAGAGGCCGAGGCCAAAAAUAAGCAAGAUGCUAGUAUGUACUCUGGACCCCCUCGUCAAACACCCGCACUAAUCAAAUUUAAGGUCUUGCAACUCGAUUAGCCCUCGCCUACGCCAUACAUAAAUCUUUCAUUUUCCUUAGAGUGCCCCUCACAGUAGCUGUUACACCAAAAGUGGUGAGAGUACUGCGAGGUUGGGGCUGGGAUAUCGGAAAGCGGACGACGAAAGAAGUGAAGGCUAUGAGGAGAGCAAACCGAAAGCUACCUAAGGCCAAGAAGUUAUGA